AUGUCCUCGUUCGGCAUUCGGCUGGCUUCUCUAAACAAGGAAAAAGACAGACAAGAAGCGUUAUGGAAGGAAACGGCCGCGGAUUUGAACAGUGCUGGGCCUCCGACUAAAACGGUGUCUGAGUGGAAAAGGGUUUGGAAUGACCAAAAGCGUUACGUACGCAAAAAGUUGACGUUUAAUGCGGAACAAAUUAGAGGCACUGGUGGGGGACCAAACCUGCAUCAUAAACUGUCAACAUCGGAGGAAACUAUUGUAGCAAUCACUGGCAUGACAAAUAGCGUUGAGGGAUUGGAAGGAAUAGUGUCACACGGAUUUCAGCCGCUAAGCACAACUGAGAGUGAAUUGGACGCAGAAACAAUUGUGAACAAAAGUCCACAGCAAACUCCAAAAAGGAACCCCUUUCUUAAAGAUGCGCCGUCAUCCUCUAAAAGAAAGGGCACAUCUGUGAUAUUAGAAGAAGAAAUAGAAGUGCAAAAAGAAAUCUUAAAACGGAUAAGGAGAAUUGAAGACAAUACAAGGGCGUUGAAUAAAAAUUUCACAAUUUUAAACAAUUUAAAAGAAGAAGAAUUAAAAGAACUAAAAAAUCAAACGAUAGAAAAUAAGCGGCAUAAUAUUGAAAUAGAAAAUUUGAGAAAAAGAGAAAUUAAAGCAAAGUUAGAAAAAACAAGAAGGUUAAUAGAAAUUGAAGAAAUGAAGCUUUCAAUGAUGAAAAGAUAA